AAAAUGUUACACCACACAUCGCAAUGACAAGGAUAUAUCGACUGCCACUAGUGCACGCUCCAAUCACAAAUCUCAGCACAGAAGCAGACGAGACGACAUUUCUGCAGAGGAAAUCUAGAUCUGUAUUCUUCAUAGCAUCGCCAUGUUGACUUUGGUUUUAGUAGGUGGUACUGUGGUCCUUUGCGCUGUUGCCUUUGUCAGGUACAUGACUGCCAAUCAUGGCGUGCUGAGAAAGAUGGGCAUUGAACAUCCGGCAACUUCUUGGUUUCUGGGAAACUUUGACCAGGCUUUUAAAUAUGGAGUCUUUGAGAUGCAGAGAGUUUUUUACAACAAAUAUAAGGACAAGAAAGUCUAUGGUUGGUAUGACGCUCGAAGACCUGCGAUCGUUGUCAGAGACCUUGACAUUGUCAAAGACAUUUGUGUCAAAAACUUUAACAGUUUCAUUGACCGUCACACACUUUUCGACGCUGAACCUCCUCUGAGAGACAACCUCCUGAAUCUCCGAGGUGAACACUGGAGGCGCGUCCGAAACACUCUCAGCCCAACCUUCAGCUCUGGCAGAAUAAAAAAAAUGAUAUGCCACAUUGAACGCAACUCCAGAAUAUUGCUGGACAAUCUGCAACAUCUUCAAGAAACCGGUGAAGAUGUUGAGCUGCGAGAGAUCAGUUCCUGCUUCACCCUGGACGUCAUCGCCAGCACUGGCUUUGGCCUGGAGAUUAACACCCUCAAAGAUCCCAAGAACAAAUUCGCCGUUGAAGCCAAGAAAGUGUUGAACCCUAACCCUCUCUUGUUCACAUUGGUUUUGUUUUUCCCGGAGGUCACUACGUUCUUCUCUAAAUUCGGCUUGUCUAUCAUGCCUCAAAAGUCGAUGGAGUACUUCGCGAAAGUUGUUGACCAGUUGAUUGAAGUGAGAAAGAAGGAAGGUCUAGAUGGCACGGUCAACGACUUUUUAGAUCUCUUAAUGAACGCUGAAACGGAAGAGGGUCAAUCAAGUGGCAAAGAUCUUACAAGAUCAGAAAUGCAUGGACAGGCCAUCGUUUUUAUCCUAGCUGGAUACGACACUGUAGCAACGGUGUUAUCUUUUACUCUGUUCUUCCUGGCCAUGCAUCCAGAAUGUUGCCAGAAAGCACAGGCAGAGGUGGAUGCCAAAUGUGGCAAAGAAUUCCCCGACUAUGACAAAGUGCAAACACUAACGUACCUUGAUAUGUGCAUCAACGAGGCGAUUCGACUAGUUCCACCGGGCAUCUUCUUGAACAGAAAGUGCGUCCAGGACACGGACAUUCAGGGCGUUCAUUUCCCAAAAGACAUGAUCGUCGUCAUCCCUGUUUACGCUUUUCACACUGACCCAGAUCUCUUUCCGGAACCUGAGAAGUUUGAUCCGGAGCGAUUUAACCCCGAGAACAAGACGACGAGACAUCAAUACGCUCACCUGCCUUUUGGUCAGGGUCCACGUAACUGUAUAGGCAUGAGACUGGCACUCUUAGAGUUAAAAAUGGUCAUGGCCGCCAUACUUCAAAAGUUGACACCCGUUCCUUGUAGCAAGACAGUUUAUCCUAUCAAACUGAGCAAAAUGCAAGCUAAAGCACAGGACGGACUUUGGGUGAAGUUUCAAUUAAGAGAUGCUAAAACGUAAACAUGUUUAUAAUUUAAGCAUUAUUUGAACAAUGGUAGUCAGUUCUCUUAACGAGUUCGUUUUCAGUUCAGAAGAAAUAUGAACUAGCUUUAUGACAAUCUAAGGAAGUCCACAAAUGAUUUUUACAAAUGUAUUUUAUUUCUACAAUAAAAAUGUUUUUUUUUUU